AUGGCCCCCCAACUUGGCGCCACCUUCGUCCCUGGCAGCGACGAUGAUUACUUUAUGCCAGAGGUCGUGGCUCCGUCCCCUCAGCGGGUGACCCCUCAGGUGCCGCAGAACAUGCAGGAGGACCUGCAGCGCAUGGAGCUCGAAGCCCGUGAAAUUGAGCCGAGAAGCCACGACGCAGGAUCCUACAAUAGAGCCCGCGAGCCCUCUCUGUCGACCUACACCGGCCAGAACUCGCCCGGCAAACCCUUAACCAACGCCGCCCAGCCCGACAACAGAGCCUACGGCCAGAACAGCGGCGGUCGGACACGGCAGCCCGACACCAUGGACGACGACGCCCCGUCAUUCUCGCCCUUCCCCAAGGUGGUCGGCGACAACGUGCCACCGGCGGACGAGGAGAAGGAGAAAAUACUGUGGAAGGCCCGAAACCAUGUCUUGCACUCGCAGAAUGUCAACAUGCAAAUCACCUGGGCUCGCGAUGUGCUCAACUGGGCCGAGAUUUCCAUGGACGCCGCUGCCAGAGAGGCAGCUGAGAGCGGCAAUCGCCCCCCAACUCCGCGCAAGGAGCAUGAACUGCGCAACGACGCCGUCAAUAUUAUCCGAUACCUGGCCGAGCAGGAGCACCCAGAUGCCCUUUACAUUCGCGCCAAAUGGCUUGAGUUUGGCAAGUUUGGGGAUCGUGUCGACAAGCGCGAAGCCUACGCGGGGUACAAGAAGGCGAGCGAUCUCGGCAACACGCGGUCAGUAUACAGGAUGGGCAUGCUGUUCGAGCAGUCCAAUGACAUGUCCAAAGCAAAGGAGUACUAUUACAAGGGCCUUAGCUUGAAGGACUCGGCCGCCCUUUACCGCAUGGGCAUGAUGAGUCUGCUUGGCCAGCAUGGCGAGACAAAGGAUUAUCAGGGGGGAUUGGAGCGCAUCCGAAACGCGGCCGACUGUGCAGACGAAGAUGCGCCCCAGGGAGCAUACGUGUACGGCAUGCUUAUCGGACGAGACCUGCCUGACAUUACCAUACCCGAAGGACUAUUGCCUUACGCCGUCGAGACGGCAAAGAUGUAUGUCGAAAAGGCGGCGUAUCUUGGCUUUGCCAAGGCUCAGCUCAAAAUGGGUCAGGCAUAUGAGUUAUGUCAGCUGGGGUGCGACUUUAAUCCGUCCUACUCUUUACACUACUACGGAUUGGCCGCCAAGCAAGGAAUCCCAGAGGCUGCUCUUGGUGUCAGCCGAUGGUUCCUCUUUGGUUAUGAGGGCGUCUUCAAGAAGAAUGAAGAGCUGGCCUUCAAAUAUGCCCACGAGGCGGCGUCUGCGAAGCUACCCACUGGCGAGUUCGCCAUGGGCUACUACCACGAAAUCGGUAUCCACGUUAGCAAGGACGUUGUCGAAGCCCAGAAAUGGUAUCAACUCGCGGCCGAUCAUGGGAACAAGGAUGCCGUUGGUCGACUAGAGUCCCUCAGCCAGGAUAAGAGUCUUUCAAAAGCAGAUCACGAGACCACAACAUUAACACGAAUCAAAUCACAGCACGGUUCAAUGAGAGGCAAGCGUCCCGAACGAUUCAAGCAAGCAAACCCAAUGCCCACGGUUAGCGAGGGCGCCGAUGGCGGUCCACCACCGCUGCCCAAACUUGUCACGUCAGUUGGCUCUUCCCGACCCUCGCCCGUGCCUUCACCCGGCAUGCGUCCUACGAUUGUGGAAAAUAAUAACUUUGCUGAGCCAUCCAGAGCGUCGUUCGUUGAUAGCUCUGAUCGACAGCCAGCCUUUAAUAUCCGCGUGGAUUCCAACGCCCCACCUAUGCGCUCUCAGUCUGCCGCGCCUUAUCCCGUAGAUGAUCGGGCACAGCCGAUGAACGCCCGCCCUGGUGGAGGAGCGCCAUAUCCAGACGACGAUGGUCGACCAAACCCGGGCCGCUAUAAUAACUACCCCCCUAAUCAAGGCCCCGCGGCCGACCGACCAAGCAGCGCAUUCGGUAUCAGGCCAUCGACAGGUGGCGGCCCUGGUGGUCCCGGCCCAAGGCCGAUGCCAGGCUCACAGUCGGCUGGCAACUUGUACCCAUCUAACCAGCCUCCUCUUGGAGCUGGCCGUGGCAGAGGUGGACCCGGGCCUGGCCCGGGCCCAGGCCCGGGACGCCCAUACGGAGGAGACAGCCGUCCCGGAAGCGCCCACUCGAAUGGACGAGGUCAGCCGCCUCAAGGAUACGGUGGACCGCCGCCAGGUCAAUACGGUCCUCGGACGUCAUCACGGCCAGGGCCGGAUGGAUAUGCCGAUCCUCAUAACAGCGGCCCUGGCGGUCCCGGCGGCCCCGGAGGGCACUACCCAGAGAGAGUGGGUUCUCUCCCCCCACAAGCUGGAGGACACCCAGGAAGAGUGAAUACCGGAGGUCCCGCAGGUCCCCAAGGCUUUGGAAACGGGCCGCGGCCAGGUCCCGGUAUGCCAAGUCCUGGCAUGCCCAGUCCCGGUAUGCCGGGUCCUGGUAGAGCCGGCACUGCUCCUCCAGGACAAGGUCCUCCACGUCCUGAUGUUCACAGCCCAAGUCCUGUACCAAGCGCGGCUUCAGCACCGAGCAAGCCUAGUAAAGCACCGAGCAAACAAGGCCCCGCAACGUUCGAAGAUAUGGGUAUCCCACAGGGCAAACAGGAUGGUGAUUGCGUUGUCAUGUAA